AACCAAUGUUACAUGCAUGUACCUUACUCGCAUGCAGUCGUGGAGUCCAUCGGGGUGUGCUACGGCAUGAGCGCCAACAACCUGCCAGCGGCGAGCACCGUCGUGGGCAUGUUCAAGUCCAACGGGAUCAAAUCGAUGCGGCUGUACGCCCCCGACAAGGCGGCGCUGCAGGCCGUCGGUGGCACGGGCAUCUACGUGGUCGUCGGGGCGCCUAACGACGUGCUCUCCAACCUCGCCGCCAGCCCGGCGGCCGCCGCCUCGUGGGUCAGGAGCAACAUCCAGGCGUAUCCCAAGGUUUCCUUCCGGUACGUCUGCGUCGGAAACGAGGUCGCCGGCGGUGCCACCCGGAACCUCGUCCCAGCAAUGAAGAACGUGCAUGGCGCGCUCACUUCCGCCGGGCUGGGCCACAUCAAGGUGACCACGUCGGUGUCGCAGGCCAUCCUCGGCGUGUACAGCCCGCCCUCUGCCGGGUCCUUCACCGCAGAGGCGGCCGCGUUCAUGGGCCCCGUGGUGCAGUUCCUUGCCCGCACCCGCGCACCGCUCAUGGCCAACAUCUACCCCUACCUGGCCUGGGCCUACAACCCGAGCGCCAUGGACAUGAGCUACGCCCUCUUCACCGCAUCCGGCACCGUGGUCCAGGACGGUGGCUUCGGGUACCAGAACCUGUUCGAUACCACGAUGGACGCCUUCUACACGGCCAUGGCCAAGCACGGCGGCUCUAACGUGAAGCUAGUGGUGUCGGAGAGCGGGUGGCCGUCCGGCGGCGGCACCGCGGCGACUCCAGCCAACGCCAGGUUCUACAACCAGCACCUCAUCAACCACGUCGGGCGCGGAACCCCACGCCACCAGGGCGCCAUCGAGACCUACAUCUUCGCCAUGUUCAACGAGAACCAGAAGACCAGCGGCGUGGAGCAGCACUGGGGACUCUUCUACCCCAACAUGCAGCACGUCUACCCCAUCAACUUCUGAUGGCGCUAGAUAUUCUUUUAACAAUUGAAGUUGCUUACAUACGCGAGGAUGCACUCACCCAAUGAACGCACGCGCGCAUACCCUAUCCCUAUGAGCGUGUAUGCCAUACGUAUCUGGACAUUAUGUAUAUAUUGUGCAGUGCGUGGAUUGGGUUGCCACCGCUGAGGCAGCUCAGAUUCGUACGUACGCGACACUAGUGGUUUGCUAUACUAAUACAAAAAGUGUAUGUAUGAUUUACGAUGGAAGGGAAGCAGAUGUA